AUGAAAGAUGGGACGCACCUGUCACCCUUACAUUGUGUUAGGCGGCACGAGGAGCUCAUCAGCGGUGACACGUGGCAAGGCAGGAGGAUCAGAGGCCACUGGCGGGCCCAGGGGAGCGUCGCCAAUCGGGUGGUAGUGGAGAUGGUCGCUGGGGAGGUUUGGUUCGUCAGCGAGGAGGAGGUCAGGGGGCGAGGUGUCCCGAGGAGCUCACUCCGCACCGCCCCUCCCUCCUCCGCCCCCGCCCCCGCCUCCUCACCGUCCGCGGCGUCGCCGGCGCUGCUUGACCUCAACUGCACGGCGACCGGGGACGACCACGAGAGGCAGGAGACGUACCCCUCCACGCACCCCUUCUCCGCGCUGGCCGGCGGGGAGGACUUACUCUGCGCCGUCGGCCCUUCCUCCGCGCGCGCCGGCGCCGUCGACAUGCGCUGGUGGGACCUGUCCAAGAAGGCGGGCAGGUCCAAGCGGGUCUACCUCGGCCCGCGGCUCCGGGCGCUCGCCUCCAGCGGCUACCGCGUCUGCGGGGUGCUCUCCAGCGGCGAGCUCCAUUGCUCGUGGUCGUGGGGAUGUUCUGUCACAGUUCAGGGUGGUAACUCUGAAUAAUGCACUGCAAUUGCUGGCGCUGGCGCGGGCUGGCCAUCCCGGCUGGGCUCCGGUUCGUCGCCAUCGUCGUCG